CCGAGCGCCCAGACCCGGUGCGCGCCCUUCUGCGCGGACGACCAGGUGCCGCCCGCCGCCUGGCUCCCGAGGUCCGGGACAUGGACCCCGUGGUCGUGGUCCACGGGGGCGCGGGCAGCCGGGUCUCCCAGGACCGCGAAGAGCGGGUGCGCCAGGGCGUGGCCCGGGCCGCCGCCGCGGGGUACCGCGUCCUGACGGAGGGGGGCAGCGCGCUGGACGCCGUGGAGGGCGCGGUGGCCGCCCUGGAGGACGACCCCGAGUUCAACGCCGGUUGUGGAUCCGUCCUGAAUGCAAACGGGGACGUGGAGAUGGACGCCAGCAUCAUGAGCGGGAAGGACCUGUCCUUGGGGGCCGUGUCUGCCGUCCGCUGCAUCGCGAACCCCAUUCGGCUCGCGCGGCUGGUCAUGGAGAAGACGCCUCACUGCCUCCUGACUGGCCUGGGUGCCGCCGAGUUUGCUGCCGCCAUGGGGGUCCCAGCGGUUCCCGGGGAGCAGCUGGUAACGGAGAGAAGCAGGAAACGCCUUGAGAGAGAGAAGCAGGAGGCGGCUCAGAAUCCAGACCAACGGAAAGACUUGGGCACCGUGGGCGCGGUCGCCUUGGACUGCAGGGGAGACGUGGCUUACGCCACCUCGACCGGGGGCAUCGUGAAUAAGAUGGUCGGCCGAGUCGGGGACACGCCCUGUGCAGGGUCCGGGGGCUACGCGGACAACGCCAUUGGAGCCGUCUCCACCACGGGGCACGGGGAGAGCAUCCUGAAGGUGAACCUGGCCCGGCUCGCGCUCUUCCACGUGGAGCAGGGAAGGACAUUGGACGAGGCGGCGGCGGCGGCGCUGGGUUACAUGAAGUCCAAGCUCCAGGGUCUGGGUGGUGUCAUCCUGCUCAACAGAGCGGGAGACUGGGCGGCCCAGUGGACCUCGGAGUCCAUGGCCUGGGCGGCCGCCAAGGACGGCAAGCUGCACGUUGGCGUCAAUCUUGGCGACACCAGGGUCACUGACCUGCCCUGAGCCCCGGAGGACUUCCCGGUGCUGGCCUGCAGGUAACGCCGUUGGAGGCUCAGCUUGACCGAUUAGCUAGAACCGGAAGCGCCCUCCCGUCUGCCCCGCGUCCUGCCCCCUGGAGCAGUGCCCACCCGAAUGUUUGGCGAGGGGCGGAGUCUGAAGCGAUGAGAGAAGUGCCCACCGUGAGACCAAAAUGCCACGAGCGAGGAUGCCAGAGGCCGGAGCCCGGCUCUGGAGCCGCCCCCUGGUCUCAGGUUAGAAAGAGGAACCAACUUGGUCUUAACCCAACCCCCACUGGACGACCUCGGCGCAGGGAGCUGGAAUCGGGAGACCCGCCCCCAGUGGCAGAGCUGCCCCCAUCCCGGGCUGUCGUGGUGGCACUUUCUGGCGGGCCCGGGGGCAGGUGGGAGGAGCAGCGGCAGGAGCGGCAGAGCUGAUGGGCAAGUCCGGCUGAGCGCUGAGUGUCACGGCGUCCACUGGCUCCGAAGGCCGUCGGGUAAAGGACACGGGAGGCAGACAGGUGUUUCUAAGGAAGGUCAGGCCCUCGCUGACUAACGUAGAUGCUUCCAGACGUUAAAAGGAUCCUCGGUCCUCAUGGCGAGGAAUGGGGCUCCCAGCCUCUCCGCUCUCCCUCCACAGGGAGGGCCUGGGUGCAGUGCGCUGUCCAGGGCCAUGGGCCCACCCCUGAGCGGGGGUGGGUCGUGUGGCCGGCACGGUGAAGGGAGGCGUUGGGUGGAGAGGAUCCCCGUUAACCUCUCUUCCCACUGGAGCCGUGUGUCUGCGGUGAUGGAUCUACAGGGCUUACCUCUCUGGAAGGAAACUGCUUAACUUCAACCCCACGGCCACUAAUAAAAUGCGUUUGGAA